AUAGCAGUGAACUCUGACGGUUCUGUGCAGCAAUCCACUUCGAUAGCAGCUGCAGGAGGCCUUCUGCGUAACCAUUUGGGCAAAUGCGUAGGAGCCUUUUUAGCUAACUUGGGAACUUACACUAUAACGAGGGCAGAGAUGGUUGGUGCUAUCACAGGACUUGAAAUGGCGUGGACCAGUGGUUACAGGAAAGUGUCUCUCAGGUUGGAUUCCACUACGGCGAUUACCAUAUUGAUAGCAAGAGAUAACCGGAGCAACAUCUGUUAUAACCUCACUCGUAGAUUCAGGGAGCUCAUGCAAAGAAAUUGGGAGGUUAAGAUCUCUCAUUCAUAUCGUGAGUGCAACAAAGCAGCUGACUACCUAGCCAACAAGGCGCAAUCUUUUACUUUAGGAACUCACUAUUUUGGUAUCUCAUAUUCGGGUCUUAACUUUUUGAUCCUGUAUGACAGAAUGGGCAUCGCCCAAAAUCAUUUUAUAUAA